AUGCCCGGGAGCUCUGAGCUGGUGAUCCCUGAGCAGCCUCCCAGCAGGGAGAAACCCUUCAGGUGUUUGGAAUGUGGGAAGAGCUUUAGGAGGAGCACCAACCUCCUCACCCACCAGCACAUCCACACUGGAGAACAUCCUUACACGUGUGGUCAAUGUGGAAAGAGCUUCAGGAGCAACACCACUCUGAUCCAGCACCAGAUUAUCCACAGUGCGGAAAGGCCUUACAGAUGUGGGGAGUGUGGGAAGAGCUUCAGGCAGAGCUCCAGCCUCUGCAUCCACCAGCGCAUCCACACUGGGGAACGGCCCUACAUGUGUGGGGAAUGUGGGAAGAGCUUCACUGACAGCUCCAACCUGAUCCGACACCAGCGUAUCCACACCAUGGAACGGCCCCACACGUGUGGGGAAUGUGGGAAGAGCUUCAUGCGAAAAUACCACCUCUUCACCCACCAGCGCUUGCACACUGGGGAACGGCCCCACACGUGUGGGGAGUGUGGGAAGAGCUUCAAUGACAGCUCUGGCCUCCAUGUGCACCGUCGCAUUCACACCGGGGAACGGCCCUACAAGUGUGUUGAGUGUGGGGAAAGCUUCAGGACCAGCUCCAGCCUCCGCUCUCACCAUCUCAUCCACAGCGGGGAUCGGCCCUACAAGUGCUUGGAAUGUGGGAAGGGGUUUCAGACCAGCUCAGAUCUCUUGAAGCACAAGCCGACACACACAGGGGAGUGGGCCUUCCACUGCACCUACUGCGGGAAGGGCUUCAACCGGAACUCCACCCUUGUCACCCACCGGCGCAUCCACACUGGAGAGAGGCCCUACAAGUGUGGGGAGUGUGGGAAAAGGUUUAAACGCAGCUCACAUGUCAUCCAGCACCAGCGGACACACACGGAUGAGAGGCCCUUCCGCUGCACCGACUGUGGGAAGGGCUUCAACCAGAACUCCGCCCUCGUCACCCACCGGCGCAUCCACACCGGGGAGAGGCCCUACAAGUGUGAGGAGUGUGGGAAAAGCUUCACCGACAGCUCUGGCUUGACCAAACACCAACGGACCCACCGGUAA